AUGAAGUUCUUCACCAUCGUCUCUACCCUCCUUGCCUCUGGCACUGCCCUUGCUGCCUAUGUUCCCCAGGCAAACUCAGCUCGUGGUCUGUCUUCAGGCGCUGCUGAGCUUGUUAACCGCAAUGCUGAAGUCCAUGCCAGAGUUGCGGAUUCUGGCAACCCUCUUGAUACCGUCUUUGACGAGCUGAAGAAGGUUGUCCCCUCGGCCGAAGACCCCACCGAUAAGCUGGACAGCCGCGAUUUGGUCGGCGAUAUGUUCAACCUGGUCAGUCCCAACGCUGUCGACUUCAACGACAAGAUUGGCCACGGCUUCAAUGUUACUGCCUCGUAUGUCGGAUCCAUCGACUUCAAUGCUCAGGUAUCUGCUGGCAUUGGAUAUGUAUCCAAGAAGAUCUCUUCUUCCGAGACUAACAUCCCCGGAGCUACCAUCAUCGUUACCUUCCUCUCUGGCCUCAAGGUACUGGUUGCCAAGUUCAACUUGAACUCCGCGGCCCAGGGCUGCCUUUCUGUUGUCGGUCAAAUCAUUGCUUCCAUUGACUUCAACGCUCUCGUUGCUGGAGGAGUCAAGCUUUACAAGACUGUUUCCAGCAGCCUGACAGACGCUAUGCAGUCCUAA